AUGGAUCCGAAACCUUCAAAACCAAGCGUAAAAUCGUCCCAUGAAGCAGCAACGUCUUUUGUUCGUCAAUCACGACAACGUAGGGCUACAAAUUACCUUCUCAUCUGGGUAGAUGCCAGCAUCGACCAAGCAGACAAGGACUGCCAAAAUACACUGGCUCAUUUGAAGAACGUGGUUAAUGAUGUCAGCUUAUGUACGGAACCGAAUCAAUGCAUUCAAGCACUCAAGAAGAUUGACAAAGAACGAGCCUUUGUUAUAACAUCAGGCUCAUUAGGUCAACAUUUGGUUCCUGAAAUUCAUAGCAUGCCAUCGUUAGAUACCAUUUACAUCUUUUGUAGCAACAAAUCCAGACACGAAGGAUGGGUACAAAAAUGGACAAAAAUCAAAGGUGUCCAUACAAAUAUCAAAGAUAUUUGCCAAGCAUUACAAUUAACGGUUAAACAAUGUGACCAAGACACAAUUGCCGCAAUCCAGGACUUAGCAGCUUGUUGCCGUGAAGUUUUUACUGGCAAUCCAACUGAAUUACAAGUAAUUAAUGAAUUCGAACGUGAUUAUCGUCCACAAAAAGCUAUAUGGUGGUAUACACGUGAGUGUUUUACCUACAAAAUGCUCAAUCAAGCACUUCGAAUGAUGGAUGCUGAUAUAAUCAUUAAUAUGGGGUUCUUCUUACGUGAUGUACAUCAACAAAUUCAACAGCUACAUGAACAGCAGGUGAGUAGUUAUGGAAGAAAACCUUUUGUAGUUUAUCGAGGACAAGGUCUUAUGAUAUCAGACUUUGAAAAACUUCAGAAAGCAAAAGGUGGACUUAUGUCAUUUAACAAUUUUUUGUCCACCAGUAAAAAUGAUCAAGUGUCUCUCGAAUUUGCUAGACGUGCUUCAACAGAACCAAAUAAGAUGGGCAUUCUCUUUAUAAUGUCCAUUGAUCCUUCUAUCAAAUCAACACCAUUUGCCUGUAUUACUGAACUUAGUUAUUUCAAGGCACAAGAAGAAGAAAUUCUCUUCUCAAUGCACACCGUAUUUCGAGUGAAUGCAAUCAAACAAAUGGGCAAUAAGAAUCAACUUUAUGAAGUAGCAUUACAGUUAACAUCGGAUGAUGAUCAACAACUACGAGUGCUUACUGAUCAAAUACGAAAAGAAGCUGAUGGUGGCACUGGAUGGCAAAGAUUAGGUAAACUAUUGCUUGCAAUUGGUCAAUUUAAUAAAGCUGAAGAACUUUAUAAUGUGUUACUCGAACAGACAUCUGAUGAGGGUGAAAAAGCGCAUUAUUAUGGCAGUUUGGGAUAUGUCAAAAAUGAUCAGGGUGAUUAUAAGAAAGCUAUUUGGUAUUAUGAACAGGCACUUGAAAUUCAAGAAAAAACUCUUCGUUCAAAUCAUCCUUCAUUGGCUACUUUAUACAACAACAUCGGUAGUGUGUAUGACAGCAUGGGAGAGUACUCGAAAGCACUUUCAUAUUACGAAAAAGCACUUGAAGUUCGACAAAAAACUCUUCCUUCAAAUCAUCCUGACUUGGCUACUUCAUACAACAACAUUGGUGAGACGUAUAGACAAAUGGGAGAGUACUCGAAAGCACUUUCAUCUCACAAAAAAGCACUUGAAAUCUAUCAAAAAACUCUUCCUUCAAAUCAUCCUUCAUUGGCUACUUCAUACA